AGGAACUGAUGAAACAGGAAGUAGAACCCUCCUAAACAGGAUCUACACUGAGCUCUACAUCACAGAGGGACAGAGUGAAGAGGUUAAUACUCAACAUGAGGUGAGGCAGCUUGAGACGGCUUCCAAGAUGAAGAUCCUCCACGACACUCCCAUCAGGUGCCACGACAUCUUUAAAGCCUCCACUGACCAGCAGAGACGCAUCAGAGUCGUCCUGACCAACGGCGUCGCUGGCGUUGGGAAAACCUUCUCGGUGCAGAAGUUCACUCUGGACUGGGCAGAGGGUUUAGAGAACCAGGAUGUGGGUCUGCUGACUGUGCUUUCGUUCAGGGAGCUGAACCUGGUGAAGGACCAGCAGCACAGUCUCCUCACGCUGCUCCGUGUUUUCCAUCCAGCGUUACAGAAGCUCACGGCAGAGACGCUCGCUGUCUGUAAACCUUUGUUCAUCUUUGACGGCCUGGAUGAAAGCAGACCUUCUCUGGACUUCAACCACAGGGAGCUUGUGUCUGAGGUCACACAGAGGUCAUCAGUCAACGUGCUGCUGACAAACCUCAUCCGGGGGAAUCUGCUUCCCUCGGCUCUCGUCUGGAUAACCUCCAGACCUGCGGCGGCCAAUCAGAUCCCUCCUGCAUGUGUUGACAGGGUCACAGAAGUACGAGGCUUCACUGACGCCCAGAAGGAGGAGUACUUCAGGAGGAGAUUCAGUGAUGAAGAGCUGUGCAGCAGAAUCAUCUCACACAUCAAGACGUCCAGGAGCCUCCACAUCAUGUGUCAAAUCCCAGUCUUCUGCUGGAUCAGUGCUACAGUUCUGGAGCACAUGUUGACCACAGACCAGAGAGGAGAGCUGCCCAAGACCCUGACUGACCUGUACUCACACUUCCUGCUGGUUCAGACAAAGAGGAAGAACAACAAGUACGGUGAGAAGAGGGCUGACAGGUACGUUCUCCUGAAGCUGGGGAGGCUGGCACUUAAACAUCUGGAGGAAGGAAACAUCAUGUUCUACCAAGAAGACCUGGAGUGGAGUCUGUACUGA